UUUCUUCAUAAUUCUGUCAAGGUACGAUGCUGGGAAAGACAACUACAUUGACCUGAUGGAGCUGAAGCUGAUGAUGGAGAAGCUUGGUGCUCCACAGACACACAUCGGCUUGAAGAACAUGAUCAAGGAGGUGGACGAGGACCUUGACAAUAAACUCAGCUUCAGAGAGUUCCUACUGAUUUUCAGGAAGGCAGCAGCAGGAGAGCUGUCAGAGGACAGCGGCCUCAGUGUCCUCGCUCGCCUCUCUGAAAUCGAUGUCUCAACAGAGGGGGUCAAAGGAGCCAAGACCUUCUUUGAAGCCAAAGUCCAGGCCAUCAAUGAGUCCAACCGAUUUGAGGCAGAGAUCCGCCAGGAACAGGAGGCCAAGAAGAAGCAGGCAGAGGAGCAGAAACAGAGACGAGCUGCUUUCAAAGAGCUGCAGUCAGCUUUCAAGUGACCACCUCUCUCUCAUCUCAGGACCUUUCACUUUGUGCUGUAUUGAUGCUGUUACUUUGUCAAUAAGUAUGGUUGAAUGCUCCAUGUAUGUCAGACAGUGGAAGUCCUGAGUCAGCCACAGGCUCAAAGUUCCAUACAUUCCGAUCACUAGAUACAUAAUGAAAAAAUCAGCACUGUCUAUGCUUAUGCAGAUAAUAGAUAAAGAAUCAAUGAUUCAUUUGUAUAUUUAGCUCUAAAGCUCAGUAACACCCUCAAGUAUCAAAAAUACAAGUUCAACAAAAGUUUAGUGCAACUAUAGCAGGAUUCCCAGUAGAGCAGUCUAUACUGAGCUAAAUAAAUUAUUCUUACAGUAUCUGUCAUUAGCCACUGUGUCUGCAACAUCAAAGAACCAGUUUCCACCCAAAUAUCAACUCUGUGGCCCACUGUGCUGGCACAGUGGGCGUGCUGAUGCAGAGGGCUCCAGUAAAACAUGGUUGAAAUUAUGAUUGAAAUUAUUACUUUCCAGAGCGGUAAAAUCUUACCACAUAGUGUAAUAAACAGCUGUGCAAUGUUUUGGCAUCUAAUAAACUUUCAAAAUAAUCCAUUUGUUACUCCA